CCCAUUCCCCAACCAACUGCUGUCGAGCAAAAGGAAUUGCAGAUUCAACAUCGUCGAGGAUGGUGUCCGUUGAGGAUAAGGCAUCUGACGGAUUCAACGGCGCUGGAGAAUUGGGCGAGGAUGAUAAAUGUCCUCUUCGGAGAUGGUGUCCUGCAUGCGGUCAGAUCCGGCGAGUUGUAAGGGGACCUAAGGCAGAAGAAUGCCCGGAUAUGGGAGGUGAAAAACCUACCAAAUCAAUACCAGACGAGAGUCCUAGAUGCCCACUUUGUGAAGGAAACACAACAAUGAUGCACGAUUGGGUUCAUGAGAUACUAAGCGAAAGGCCUUACUGGAGGUGUUGCAGGGGAAAUGGGUUCCCUUAUUGCAUGGGUUAUAUAUGGGUUGACGAGAUGGCGGGGGAAGGCUCUGAGUGUGAUGAAGAGGAUGGGAGGACUACCAAACUGCAGGAGUAUCCAAAACCAACAAUGUUUGGUCCUAAUUGCCAAGUAUGCGGUCGCAUCAUGUCUUCAUUUAUUUCACAAUCUGCAACAAAUCCCGGCAGGCCUUAUUGGUUCUGCUAUGGGUACCCGGCUCCUACAAUCCACAAGCCGUCUUUCAUAUGGGUGGAUGAAUGCAAGAUACAUUUUGCUGGAUUCGACGGCUACAGUGACUUUGAAGAACCAGAACAUAUACCUUCAGCCGGUGGGCUGUCAGACAGUGAUCCUUCGUCGUUUGAGUUGUAUUCCUCCUAGUCGAAUACA